AUUGGGUUUGUGGCCCUAUCGGACCAUGGUCUAAGAUUUUGCACAUAAGCACAUUUAAUAUCUUACACGGCGGGGCCCGAAGGUAGACGGCGGCAGUAAUCCAGUCUACCAACUUCAAACCCAACAGCGACGACGGCGCGGCUUCGUUUCCACGGAAAGGUCUUUUAAGGAAAAAGAAGCUGAAAGCCUGAAAGACAUUUGACUUACCAACCAAAUGAUUUCAUCAGAUUUAAAGCAACAAAAAGAUUUAAACCACACACUAAUUGGAGAUAUAGAGGCUAAUAAUCAGCUUCAGCUAGCAUAUUUUGAUGAACCCCUCCCUUAUUGUGGCUGUGGAAUAGGAUGGUUUUGUCUAUUGGUUGGAUUCGUGUUCCCUUUGCUGUGGUAUUAUGCAACAAUCUUGUACUUGAGAAAUUACUAUCAAAAGGAUCCAAGGGAGAGAACAGGACUUGCUGCUAGUGCAAUAGUGGCUCUGAUAUUUACAAUAGCAGUGCUUAUUGCAGUAGUGGUUAUUGUCCUUUGAUUCCUUUUGUGUCUCCAUUCACGUCUUUGAAUCUUUUUGAUGUUUUCCAUAUUAACUCAACUCAAUGUAGAAAGAGCACUAACCAAAGGCCAACUGUGUAAAUUGAUACAUGGACAAAUCUUCUAGCAUUAAUGAAACUUGUUGAAUUGAAAUGUUA